AUGCCUCCACUAAUCCCACAGGCGCCUCAGAAGGAGGAUCUGGAUGAAACAUGGACAUUCUUAGAGAAGGGUAUCGAUAGCGUGAUGCUGAAGUUGGAGGAAGGCGUGGAUAUGAAGCAUUACAUGGCCCUGUAUACGGCGGUUCAUAACUUUUGCACGUCUCAGAAAGCAGUUGCCAACGGGCAAGGCUUGCAGUCGCAUAGGGGUGCUCAUCUGUUGGGCGAAGAGCUAUACAAGUUACUGGGCGAAUACCUAUCGCGUCACCUCCAAGCGGUGUACACGGAAUCUGAGAGUCACGCCGAGGAGGCCCUCCUAGGGUUCUACAUUCGCGAAUGGCUCCGCUACACAACGGCCGCCAAGUACAUCAACCACUUGUUCCGGUACCUUAACCGUCACUGGGUGAAGCGGGAGAUUGAUGAAGGCAAAAAGAACGUGUACGAUGUUUACACCUUGCAUCUGGUCAAAUGGAAGGAUGACUUUUUCAUGAAGGUCCACAAGAAGGUCAUGGACGCUGUAUUGAACCUUGUUGAAAAGCAGCGGAAUGGGGAGACCAUCGAGCAAUCGCAAAUCAAGAGCAUCGUCGACUCCUUUGUUUCUCUGGGUCUGGACGAGAGCGACAGUACCAAGUCCACGCUCGAAGUCUACCGGAUCUACUUUGAGAAGCCAUUCAUUGCCGCCACCCGGGUCUACUACGAAAACGAGUCCCGCCAGUUUGUUGCCGAAAACAGUGUUGUCGAAUAUAUGAAGAAGGCCGAGUCUCGUUUCGACGAGGAGAAAGCACGUGUUGGAUUGUACCUGCACCCGGAUAUCUCCAAGCACCUCACCGAUACCUGCCUUGACGUGCUCGUUACGGCCCACUCGGAGCUUCUUCGGGACGAGUUCCAGGUCCUGUUAGAUAAUGAGCGGCAAGAUGAUCUCGCUCGGAUGUAUCGACUGUUGUCGCGCAUUAAAGAUGGCUUGGAUCCCCUGCGAACCAAGUUUGAGACCCAUGUCCGGAAAGCCGGCCUUGCUGCCGUUGAGAAGGUCGCUACCGGGGGCGAGACGUUCGAACCCAGGAUGUAUGUCGAUGCGCUAUUACAGGUACAUACUCGCUACCAAAGCUUGGUCAACGAGGCCUUCAACGGCGAAUCUGAAUUUGUUCGAUCGUUGGACAAUGCUUGCCGCGAGUUCGUCAACCGCAACAAGAUUUGCGCAUCGAGCUCGACCAAAUCGCCCGAGCUCCUGGCUAAAUACACAGACUCGUUGCUCAAGAAGGGCUCCAAGGCCGCUGAAGAGUCGGAACUAGAAGAGAUGCUCGUACAGAUCAUGACAGUCUUCAAGUACAUCGAGGACAAGGAUGUUUUCCAGAAGUUCUACUCGAAGAUGCUUGCGAAGCGACUGGUGCAUGUGAGCUCGGUGUCAGAUGACGCGGAGACGAGUAUGAUCAGCAAGCUCAAGGAAGCUUGCGGGUUCGAAUACACCAACAAACUGCAGCGCAUGUUCCAGGAUAUCCAGAUCUCGAAGGAUCUCAAUGGUAGCUACAGAGAUUGGCAGGAGAAGGUCCUCGACGAUGACGACCGGAAGAAGCUCGUGGACUCGCAUUUCCAGAUUCUGGGAACUGGGUUCUGGCCGCUCCAGGCGCCAUCGACCGACUUCCUUGCACCACCGGAGAUUGUCAAGACCGCUGAGCGGUUCCAGAGCUUCUAUUUCGACAAACACAAUGGGCGAAAGCUCACCUGGCUCUGGCAGCUGUGCAAGGGUGAGAUGAAGACCAACUACAUCAAAAACACCAAGGUCCCAUACACAUUCCAGGUGUCCACCUUCCAGAUGGGGAUCCUUCUGCUGUUCAACGAGAAUGACACCUUGACCUAUGAAGACAUCCAGAAGGCCACCUCACUUGCCCCCGAGAUCCUCGACCCCAACCUGGGUAUCUUCCUCAAAGCCAAGGUGCUACAUAUCAGCCCAGAGGGCACCAAGCCAGGGCCUGGGGCGUCUUUCUCCCUGAACUACAACUUUAAGCACAAGAAGGUCAAGGUAAACCUGAACAUCCAGAUCAAAUCCGAGCAGAAGGUCGAGUCAGACGACACCCACAAGACGAUAGAGGAGGACCGUAAGCUGCUACUCCAGUCCGCCAUCGUCCGCAUCAUGAAGUCCCGCAAGAAGAUGAAGCAUGUCCAGCUUGUCCAGGAGGUCAUCCACCAAGUCAAAUCCCGCUUCCCGCCCAAGGUACCGGACAUCAAGAAGAACAUCGAGGCUCUCAUGGAGAAAGACUAUAUAGAGCGUUUGGACGGUGACGAAAUUGCCUACAUUGCAUGA